CAACUUCCUGUACAUAAUAUGGCGCGGAUGUAAGGUAUAUAUUAUUAUUUCAUCGUUGGAUAUCUAUAUAAACAUCUCAAUAUAAAUAAUAUAAUAUAAACGAGAAGUGACACAUAGCUACACGGCGAUAUGUCGUUGUUCAGCAUCAAAAAAAUAAAAAGGGCUGCAGCUGAAUUUGUUGGCGGUGGGACUAAACAGCCUGACUGGAGCCAGCUGCCGUACGAGAUUCUGUUGAACGUCUUCCGUUACCUGAGCAACAGCGACAAGUACCACGCCGCCCUCACCUGCAAGUCCUGGCUCCGUCCACUUUCAGAGCCGUCCGUGUGGCAGUCCGGAGAUUUUGUUUUUGACUCAGAGAGCGAUGAGAAAGCGAUCACGUUUGUGAAAAUCACUGGAAAAUCAUUACGUCACAUCCAUGCAGAAUGUAAAGUAGUCGAACCAGAAACUUGGGACGAUGACGGCAGCGCAACCUGUACAGGGAUGUACCAAUUUUUGGCCAACUUAUUGAACUCACGCAACCAACAGCUGUUGACUUUCAAACUUACCAAUCUGUGCAUUUUAGAAAUCGAUGGCGAUAGAGCAAAUUCAAGGUCAUUUUCAGAGGUCGUUGAACUACUGACUAAAGUCUUGGAGGUCCAACAGCAGCUUCGUGUCCUUGACCUCAGUAACAGCAACAAGUCUCGCAAAAACUGUCGCGAGGAUCAUCCUACCGUAGAUCAAGGUAUGAGACUGUUGCAUGCUGCUAGUAAAAACUGUGCCAACACGCUACAGAAACUUACGAUCGCCAGGUUCGUUAGCUUGAUAGAUAUUUACCCUAAUGACUUGAGCUUUCUUCCACAAUUUCGAAGCGCCAUCGCAGGUUUCAGCAAGUUAUCAGACCUUGACCUCAGCUACGGUUAUUUGGAAGAUGACCUGCUGCUUAGCUUAGCCAGGACAACAACCAGCCUGAAGGUGAUCACAGUUCGUGUAGACAAGCCCCCAUAUUUCGAGACUAGCACCACCCCUGCAGCGUGGGAGAACCUUACAGCCGUUUGUCCUGAGCUCCGAGUCAUAUUUUUCAUCAAAACCAAAUAUAUGAGAUGUAUGAACACGUCCUUCCAAGACACUACAACGAUGCUAACACCAUCCAUGCCGCUCUAUCAAGUCAAGUGGAAAGCUGACAGUGUCAUCGCUAUAGAGAAAAUAAAAAACUUCUUUCAACAUGUGGAGCAAAACUUUCAGGAAACUUUACAUCAUCUUGAUCUACAAACUGAUGUUCGUCUAGACAUGGAAUGCAUUGAUGCGAUGUUCAAAUGUUUGCAGCCGUGCAAAAAUCUGAACAGCCUGUCCCUGUGUUUGACUUGUGACAAGAGUGAUGACGAGGAGAUAUACACGAUAGCCAUUAGAGAUGCCAUGUGGCGAUGUUCAGUCUCAUGUGAUGUCACACUGAACGGUCAAGCAGUCAAAUAAAACUGGUCAGUCUGACACGGUUGGAGGGACCUGGAGACUAAAGAAUGUUCGACCAGUUGACGAUGAUUUUAGAUCCGUAUAAAACAA